UGAUUCAACCACAGAUAACGUCUCACCAUGGAUACCGGUCCCCAACGCGGAAGGUAAACAGCAACCGAGCCACCAUGAUGGCAGUCGUUUUCGAAGUUCUCUGGUGUCUGCAUUUCUGACCAAUGUCUGUCCUGGACCUCAAUUGGCUCAUGCAGUCGAAUGUGCCUCGUCAAAGGUAGAUCACACCCCGUGCUGUGAGAAAGCCGGCCUGUUGACGUUCCAGGGUGGUCGUUGCCUUACAUUCUGCCGAGCUCAUACAGCCCAACCGACAAAUCCCUUCGAAUUCCUUCCGUGUCUUCAAGUUUUUGAGUACAUCAAGUCCUGCUAUCGCCUCUAUCAAACAACUAACAAAAAUAUUUUUGGUGAUUAA